AAUGACCUCUGUGUGGAAGGCUGGGGCGAUGGGAACUUCCUGGGUCUCUGCGAGCAAGCGUGCUCGUGGGGGUACUGUCCGAUCACCGCCUGCGUGUGUUCGCAGCUUGGACCGGCGCCCACGGUGCCAGAGGACACGGGCGUUCAGGGCUACCCGAUCACCGGCGAAGAUGCCAGUUACAGCGGACUGUGCUCCUUCGAUUGCAACCACGGCUACUGCCCGAGCACGGCGUGCGGAACCGUGGAGGUGGCCCUCACCAUCCCCACAGUCUCGGACUUCGCGCCCCCGGCCUGCACCGCCGGCGAGGGCAGUGGCGACUUUGUCAAUCUGUGCGGCUUUGGCUGUGCCCACGGCUUCUGCCCGAUCCACGCCUGCAACUGCACCGCCACGGGCGCGUUGGACCUGUUCGCGGUGGUCAACGCCAGCGUCACCGCCCAUCUGACCUCCGGACUGGACGACUACGGGCUGUGUGAUUUUGCGUGUGAGCGAGACAGAUGCUACGACGAGUGCGAGCUGGGGGACGCCUGGUCGGCGGAGGACCAGCUCUCCUGCAUCGACGACGACCCGAGGAGCUGGUGCGAGGUCCAGUCGCCGUGCGACUACAACCUCACCAUCUCCACGAUGGCCGACCUCAACCUCCAGUCAGCCGAGAUAGCGGACGAAUGCAUCCCGUUCUACAUGCUCGAUGUGCUCGACAACAUGAUCGACGUGGUGGUGGCCAACUACACCGACAUCCUGGCCCACAACGACUACAACGAGACCCUGAAGUACUACAAGCGGUACGUGGAGAACAACAUCACGAGCUCCCUGGCCAGCGCGAUGGAAUGGGACCCGGCGGGGCCGGGCCUGGCGUACUUCGACUGCAUCAUCGAGGUCGAGGGCAAGAACGGGACGGCGGCGCCGUGCCCCAACAUGGCGGCCACGGACGGGCACGCGUCGUACAACGUCUACUUUGAGGCGCGCAACACCACCGCGUUCGAGCGGUGGCUGCUGGCGGACUACGGCAUCCAGCCGAGCUGGGUGCGGUACGACGGCCGCCACGCCGACUACAACAUCUGCGUGGGCCACCUGAACCCGGACUGCGUGGCGUGGACGGACAACCUCUACGGGCUGCCGCGGAAGGCGGCGCAGGUGAACAUCACGGACCCGCGCACCGUCGUGGCGCAGGCCCUGCCCCACCUGGACGGCCUGCGCGAGAACAUCCUGGCCGCGCAGCUGCAGACGCUCGUCGGCGCCUGGCCCGGCUUCAGCGACGACAUCGUGCAGAGUGUCUCGCUGGCCGUCGUGCUGCUCCUCCAGGCCGUCAGCUCCAUGCAGGAGGUCGUCACCGUCGGCAAGGAGGAGAAGGCCUGGGAGCACCGCGAGAUGAUCGAGGAGAUCCUCGGCGCCAUCUUCCUGGUCGUCCCCUUCCUGGGCGAGCUCGACGCCAUCAGCGACGCCCUGGCCGACGUCGCGGAGAUCGUCGCCGUCGUCGGCGACGCCGCCAUCGUCGCCGACAGCAUCUACGAGAUCGUCGACGACCCCGACAACAGCGUCAUGACCAUCCUGAAUACCCUCCUGCUGGUUGGGCAGCGCUCCGCCGACGAAUACGCGUCCAUGGCGGCCGCGCGGCGCGAUAUCUCCGACGAGACCAUCGAGGCCUUUGGCCCGGUCUUUCAGGAAAAGAACAUCCAGGUCGAGAAUAUGGUCAAGGACUGUGUGGCGGCAUAA